CAAAAAUUCCAACGUUACAACAGUAUUGAAGUGAAUUAACAAUGGAAAAAUAGGUUUUCUACGUCAUCUUGCACUAUCAUUCGCUCGUAGUGCGCUGAAUGUAACCAAUAUAUAAGCGUCUGUAAUAUCGGAUAGCUGGCAUAUCAUUUCGCAAAAUGACAGUGGAAAGAACUGUGUAUUGAAUCUGACUAUUGUAUAGUGCUAUUUUGUGAAUAUUCCACAUAUCAAACGCAAAUUAUUCCGUUUUGAUUAAUUAAUUUAUUUUGGAUGCGCUACACAUCCUUAUUAUCAAAGAAGGGAAAAGAAACAAAAGCGACGUUAGAACUAAUAUAAAAAGACAAGUCCAUUAAUUGUAAAGUACGUAUUAUCUUUUAUAUAACCAAAGUUCUAAACAAAUAUUAAGUUUAAUAUUAAUAACUUUUUAGAUGCUGUUUAAUCCAUACAACGUAAUAAUGUUACUCUAUGCAACUUUUACUUAUUUGAACUUUCCACAAAGUCCGACAACUUCGGAGGAAGUAGAAGUCAAAGAAAAAAUUCAACGUUUACUACUGGAAAUACAGGACGAAAAUGAAUUCGAAUUAGAAGAGGAAGAUACAUUAGAUUUUUACAAUACAUAUGAAGUCCCAGAAGCGGAAUCGGUUAACUUAUUCGAAGCAAAUAAUACUAAAAUAUAUCUUCCGGAGGAAAUUAUCUGUAGUUCUGUGGAAGCAACUAUAUCGGAUGACUAUAAAAGACAUGCCGUGGAAUAUUGGAGAAGCGGUAUAACAGGACCAAGAUCACUUGAAGGAGUUAGAAGAAGCUUCAAAAUCAGGCAAAUUAACAUCAAAUCAUGUAAAAACUUGGCUGAAAGAUGUCAUUUUUCCAAAUGUCGGACCACGAUCCGUACUAUUAUUAGAUUCGUGGAGUGGACACUGUCCCAACAUAAUUUCAGAAACGAGACCAGAUUCUGCGACAGAUAUUAUUUUCCUAACUAUUCCGGCCGGUAUGUUCAGCAGGAUGUUCGGAGGUCGCAGUGGUGUCCAAUAAAUGACUCACUGGUUCGAGAAUACGUUCGUUUAUUGAAAGCACGCCUUCCUCUGCGUAGUAUAAAAGAGUAAGUAAGAGUGGGCAGUCGAAGACAAAGCGAAGAAGGAACAGCAGCGACAGCCAGAACU